GCAGGCGCGCACGGGGCCGCGCCGGGAGGGCGGGAACGGCCGCUCCCUCAGCACAAACCCGCCCCACAGACACACACCGCCAUUGCUAUUUUGUCACUUCCACACCCCGCAGUUCUUAUUUUGGCCUUCCACAGCCCCAUUUACAAAUCUCAGCCUCCACAAGAGGGUCCCGCCGCUCGGUCUCCGCGAAGGAACUUUGAGGUGGAUGGAGAAGCGCCUUGUUGGCGUGUUGCCAUGGGUGAGCACAGCUUUUGCGUGCUGUCCUAGCUGCUGAAGCCACCGGCGUUCCAUGAUGGAGGCUUUGCUGGAAGGGAUGCAAAGAAAUGGGCAGGGGAGCGGGUUCCUGAACUCCUGCGAGGCCGAGCUGCAGGAGCUGAUGAAGCAGAUCGACAUUAUGGUGGCUCAAAAGAAAGCCGAAUGGGAAGAGCAGACUCGGGCUUUGGAAGCUUGUCUGAGUGCUCGGGAGAAAGAACUUUCCUCUGCCAAGGCCGCUCUGCAGGAAAAAUACAAGGAGGUUGGCCUGUUGCGUCACCAGGUAGAAGACAUGGAAAAAGCCCAGCAGGACAUGGUUAGAGAAUACGAACAACAGCUGAAGAAAUUUCAAGAGGAGUUGUCCAGGCUGAGGAAGAGCUAUGAGAAGCUGCAGAAGAAACAACUAAGAGAAGCCAGAGGAGAAGCCAACAAGGGACAAGGAGAGGACCAGUUUGAAAUAAGCCGCCUGACCAGGAAGCUGGAGGAGUUUCGUCAAAAAUCACUUGACUGGGAGAAGCAGCGGUUGCUGUACCAGCAGCAGGUGGCAUCGCUGGAAGCGCAGAGGAAGGCGCUGGCUGAGCAGUCUGAGCUCAUUCAGACUCAGCUUGCCAAUCGGAAGCAGAUCCUGGAGUCGGUGGAGCUGGCGAGCCGGUCAGAAAUCCAGCAUUUAACCAGCAAGCUGGAGAGGGCCAAUGAUGCCAUCUGUGCCAAUGAGCUGGAGCUGGAGAGGCUCAACAUGAGAGUGGACGACCUGACGGAGCACAAUCAGAUGAUUCUGGAAGAUCAGCAAAGAGCUCAAGAAGAGUUAAGGGAAUCUAAGAAAAUGUUAGAGGUGCUACAGGAUGAGAAGAUGGAACUUCGAGCCACCUUGCAGUCUCAGGAAGAUUUCAUUGACAGCUCCAGGCUGCACCAGGAACAGCUCCAGAAAGAGCUGGCCCGGGUGACGGAAACUCUUCGCACAAAAGAACUCCUCGUCAGGGCUCUGGAGGAACGCUUGCAGGAGAAGCAAUUAUCUUCUCCAGGGCUGGAGCUGGAGCAUCUACUAUUGCAGCUGGAUGUUGCGCAGGAGAAAGAACAGCACUUACAGGCAGAGGUGACUCAGCUUGAGAACAGCCUGGUGUCUUCAAAUGCGAGGUGUGUGCAGCUGAGCGAGGAGCUGGAUGAGAGUAUCAAAGAGCUGCAGUCCAUGGAGGAGCACCAUACUGAGUCAAAGGCAGAGAUUAAAAAGCUGAAAGAGCAGCUCUCUCAAGCUGAACGGACCCACAGCAGUGAGAUAGAAGGGAUGAAGAUGGAAAUCUCCAGGUUGACACAAGAGUUACACCAGCGGGACAUCACCAUUGCAUCUGCCAGUGGCUCCACGUCAGACUUAGAACAACGGCUGAGGACAGAGAUCGAAAGAGCAGAGAGGAAAGCUGUGGAGCACAGGGUGAUUCUGGUCCAGCUGGAAACCUUGAGGAUGGAAAACCGCCAUCUCUCAGAGAUGCUGCAGAAGACGGAGUGCGGUGUGCUAGAGGGAAAAGGUGUCACCCUAAGGGCGCUGAGCGAAGACUACGCUGCUGAACUAAGUAAAUUAACAUGUGAGAACCAGCAGUUGCGGAAGGAUCUAGCAGAGGCCAGGGCAAAGCUGGAGCUCACUCGGCAGGCGUGCCAGGAUGAACCCGAGGGCACCGCUCAGCAGACGCGAGACCAAGAGCCCGAGGCCAGGGAUGCGCAGGCCAGAACAACUCGGGAAGCACAGCACAAACACGAUGAACAAGCAGAGAAGGUACACCACGAGCCUGAUGAGACCGUUCAGCGUCAUGAAGGGGAGUCCCAGAGGCGAGGGGCGGCUGAAACGGGAGCUGUGACCCCUGAGAGGGGUGAGCUGCCCACCCAGGCCAGCGGCAAGAACUGCCUGGAGUCAUUUGCUUUGAGCACCUUGGUGGAAACAGAUUCUUUGCUCCAUGGGCUGGAUGGAAAUGACGAUUUUGCAGAUGAAGCAUCUAAGCAGUCCGGAUCAAAUCAUCAGAGAGAAUCUGUGCCUUUGUAUCCCCUGCCUACAGCUUCAGUUGGAUCAAUAGCUGCAAGAUACCUGGAGGAGGAAGAACUGAGGUCCCAGCGCAUCCUGGAGAGCCUGAACGCUCACAUUGAGGAGCUGAAAAAAGAGAGCGAAAAGAUUGUGAGGCAAUUUGGACACCAGGAGUAAUAUUUCGUAGGGAAUUUGAAUGCUGGUUUACGUAUGUGGUUCCAAACUGUGACUGCAGUUGCCGUGGGAGCUUGAGAGGCCCCGUCUCACACUUUGUGCUGAAUCCACAGGAUGGAUAUUGAGGAAAAGAAACUCCUCUCUACGUGUUUGAUCUGACAGAGGGUAUCACACCACGAACACUGUAGUCAGCGUGCUGUAGGUCAGAAAGCUGCAUCAGAGGUAUGUGUGCACUCACUUACAGAGAGAGGGUGGUGUUUUUUAGAAACAGACCAUUUGCUAAUUUUAAUGUAAAGGAUUUUAAGUAUAUUUUAUACGUGUAUAAGCAUUGAAAUAAAACAGAAUGGAAAACUG